GAGAAAACCCCCGUAAAGCUGAGGACGGCGACAUUUGAUGUCACUCCCUCAAGAUGUCUUACUACGACAUUGAUGCGAUUCUCACCGAUGCAGAGAAAGUGCCCUGCGAAUUCCAACUCGACGUCCCUGAGCUCGGCUACCUAGACAACACACCAACACACGCACUCAAAGCCGGCACCAAAGUAAACCUCCCGCUGUGGUUGGCCGAGAUGCUGGCGCUCGCCAACACGACGCACCCGACCAGCUCCGACCCGGACGACGCCCGAUCCUUCGUGUCGCUGAACCUACCCACUCCGCUGUCCGACGAGGUCAUCCAGGCGCUCAAGGCCGACCCGCGCUCCGUGCCGCUCCGCGACCGCAGCCCGCACUUCUUCUCGCUCAGCACGCGCGUCCUCGAUCUGUUUGAGGAGCGGGAGCUGGCCGCCGUUUUGCGCAAGAGCUUCGUCGUCAGGGCGGGCGACGUCGGCCUGCAUGCCAGGAAGGUCGGCGGCGGUGGAGGUGGGCAUAACGCUGGCGGCAGGGGGAAGGAUGAUGACAAGGGGAGUAAUAUCGGGCUCGGCGGGCAGAGCGAGGAGUUUCUGAGGGGGUUAGAUGAAUGGGAGAGGAAUUUGUUUAGGAAGGCUCAUGAGGGUACCAAGGCUGGGAGCGAGUGGAUGGACACCGUCAAGAAGAACUGAGACGGUUGUCUUUUGGCUGCGUUAUGAAGCAGGUGAGUGACGGAAACGGCCGAGUCUUCCGAGGCGCAACCAAAGCAGCUGAGCUGAUCUGAGCGCAAAGAGCACUUGGUACUCUGCCGUGGGUCUUUCCGCUCGAGCUCUAGCCGCGGUUGGUACCGUAUGGUAAACCGGCGUGGGAUGUGGGUUCUGGAAGGUAUUUUGGCCACAGAGGAUUACUGGCCUCUUCGUCGGGAGACAUGCCUGAGCUUCCAAUUGUGAUGCGCGUCGCUUAAGUGCGCAGGAUUCGGAUCAUUGAACAUGCGGCUAAUCGCGUAUAUCGACUUGGGCUAUAAGGAAACGCACUCAGCUUCACGCAGAUGUUUGGAGUUAGGGCGUUCUAUGGGAUGGAACAUGGGCAGCACAGCACAACACGCACUAGACUAGUAGCUUACUGCUAUUACGGGCCUGGCCGGUUGCUUUUCAUGUUGAUAAACAGACGAGGCUAUGGUGUAAAGACGGAUGAAUUAUGAA